UCAUGCUAAAAUGUGAAAGAAACAAGGAGGACCAAUGCGAAGCUCUGAUGGAACAGAGGAAUAUUUCAAGACAGGAUACUGGACUAAGUCCAAGUGAGAUGCUUUUCGGUCGUAAGACGCGCACGCUUCUUCCUCAUUUACCCCGUGCUCUCAAUGAUGAGGAUAUGACCAGGAAACGCGAGCAGCGAAAGAAAAGUGUGAAGCGUUAUUAUGACAAAACAGCUCGCGAUUUACCAUGUGUUUCGGAAGGGAAGAGUGUGUAUUUCCAGCACAAGGAACAUGAGCGGUGGAUCCUAGGGCGCGUAAUAGAAUGCAAUAGUGAUCGUACUUACAUGAUACAGGCUCAAAGUGGUGCAAUCUAUCGCCGAAACCGAAUGCAUCUCCGUCCUACAAAGGUGGAAGCAGUUAUUCGCGAUAACUCACCAUGUACACGUCGUCAGGGUAACCAAGUAAAUAACACGCCUGUAUCGAGAAACAUUAUGGUAUCACCGGAACGGAAAACAUUAGAACAUGAUGAUAAGUAUGUACAUGUUUCAAGCGAAGAGAUCGUCAAGACGAAGACUGAAACAAUGGAACAAAACAGUAUGGAACCAUUACCUGUUAAAGUGGAACAAUCUGACGUCACUGUGGUUCCAACGCGUCGCUCAGAGAGAACACGAAAGGAACCAACCUAUUUUAAAGACUUUGUGCGCUACUAGUAAAUUUGACUGGUUCCUAAAAUCGUGAACAUUUAUGUCAGCUAUAGUUAUAAGAGUUCUUUCCAGUGUUUUGAUAAGGGCAAAUAAGUUGAUUGAAACAUUUGAAAUAGUUUGAAAAAGCGUUUAUUUAGUUAAUAUGUUACAGAGUUUAUUGAACAUUUUGUUAUUAUUUCACUGCCAGUAGAAUUAAUUAUUUUAGAGAAGUAUCUGAAAUAAGUCUUUUCAGAAUAUUAUUUUGCCUCACUUGGCAACUCAAACUCUAGUCAUAAAGACUCUAUCAACAAUAUACAUGUACAGCAUAGUAUGGUGAUUUGAUAAUAAUAUCCAAAGUAUUAACUUUUCUUAAAGAAAGAGGGAUGUUGAUACACUAUUACGUUUCGCCUAAAUAAUCUGUAAUCAAUCUGCAAGAUUAUGUAACCGAGGUAGC